AUGCACCUAACCAUCAAAGAAGAGCACCUGGAGCUGGACCUGAAAGACCUAGGGGAUGACAAUUCGGCUUUUGGGGGCAAAGAUGCUGACGAACAGCCGGCGGUGGACAAGAAGGCUCAUCAGGAGAGCGCCGACUCGGCCGUUGACCUGGUCUACUCGCUCAACGACCGGCCACCCUGGUACCUCUGCAUCCUGCUCGGUUUUCAGCAUUACGUCCUGGCGUUUGGCGGCAUUAUUGCCAUCCCGCUCAUCUUGGCCGAGCCGCUUUGUAUCGGUGACAACAACGUGGCCAAAAGCCAACUAAUCUGCACCAUCUUCUUCGUUUCUGGUCUGAGCACACUACUUCAGACAGGGAUUGGUGUCAGGUUGCCAAUCCUCCAGGGUGGAACCUUCAGCUUCAUUACUCCUACCCUGGCCAUCCUGGCACUGCCCAAGUGGCAGUGUCCUGCCCCGCAAGAUCCCGCCAUGUUGUCCGCUCACAAUGGCACCAGCCCGUUGCAGAUGGUGGAAAGUGGCGAUGAAGUUUGGAUGUCGCGAAUGCGUGAAAUCCAGGGAGCCAUAUUGGUAUCGUCACUGGUUCAGAUCACGUUAGGCUUCACUGGCCUGGUGGGAUUCGUGCUCCGGUACAUUGGACCGCUGGCCAUUGCGCCGACCAUCAACCUAAUCGGACUGUCGCUCUUCACUGAGGCCGGCAAGAAGUCGGGUGGCCACUGGGGGAUCGCUGCUCUCACGGUGUGUCUCAUCCUCCUGUUCUCGCAAUACUUGAGCAAAGUGGAUGUGCCGCUGAUUGCCUACAAAGACAAGAAGUGGAAAGUGUUCCACUACCCUCUCUUUAAGCUCUUCUCGGCCUUGUUUGGAAUGUGUGGCGGCUGGCUGGUCUGCUUCCUGCUGACUAUUUUUGACGUGCUACCAUCCAAGUCUGACUCGUACGGCUUCUCGGCAAGAACAGAUAUUAACCUGGACGCUGUUGCCAACUCACCCUGGUUCCACAUUCCCUACCCAGGUCAGUGGGGCAUGCCUACUGUGAGCGUCUCAUCAGUGCUUGGCAUGAUGGCGGGAGUGUUGGCGUCCACUAUGGAGUCCAUUGGCGACUAUUACGCUUGUGCCAGGCUGUCGGGUGCACCUCCCCCACCGACCCACGCCAUCAACCGUGGCAUUGCUGUGGAGGGCAUCGGCUGCAUCCUGUCAGGCCUGUGGGGGACGGGCAAUGGGACCACCUCCUACAGUCAGAACAUCGCCGCACUUGGCAUCACCAAGGUUGGCAGCAGACUGGUGCUCCAGACGACUGGAAUUCUUAUGAUUGUCUUGGGAAUCUUUGGGAAGUUUGGAGCCGUCUUUAUUACCAUCCCGGAUCCGGUUAUCGGCGGCAUGUUUCUGAUUAUGUUUGGAAUGAUUGCUGCUGUGGGGAUAUCAAACCUGCAGUAUGUGGACCUCAACUCAUCUCGUAACCUGCUUAUCCUCGGCUUCUCCACGUUCAGCGGUCUCGUAUUGCCCACAUGGUUUCACUCCAACCCUGGCAUAAUCGACACAGGAAUCAAAGAGCUAGACCAGGUCAUCGUAGUGCUCUUUACCACUCACAUGUUUAUCGGUGGCUUCUUUGGCUUCAUACUGGACAACACCAUUCCAGGCAGCGCCGAGGAACGAGGCCUCAGCAAAUGGCAACACUCUGCGCACCCGGGACAGCAGGCCACUUGCGACCAGUCAUGUUACAACAUUCCCUUUUGCGACAGUGUUUGGCAGCGUUGCCGCUUCUUCCGUUACCUGCCCUUUCUUCCGUCGUACAAGAGUAACCAACAUUCUGUACCAGACCACUCACCGUGA